AUGUCGUUCGAAAAAAAUUCUGCUUUUCGAGACAGACAACCACCAUCACCUUUCCGAUACGCGUCGAAAUACGAUAAACUUGAUCUACAUGCGAAGCUUCCAUCACCGGAACAGGGUGGCGUGCAUUCGAGACAUGCUAUCCGUCCAAGAUCUCUAGCUCAGUCUUAUCGAGACGCAUCCAGACAAGUCAUGGCAACCGCCGACGCAGAAUCCGCAUCAGUGACGACACCAAGUCCGCGACAGCAGCGGCAACCACGUAACGCGUUCGCUCCGUACCAGAUCUCACCUCCUCCCUUCGAACUUCAAGACGCCUAUAAACGAAUCCAAGAAGACGAGAUGCUGCUGUCCGAUUACGUGCGCGACGAUGACUCGGACAGACAGCGCAUCGCGCGCCGCCCAUCAAGCCGGAGCCACCAGGCGUCUUCUCAAGCCAAUGAGACGAAUAGCGACAGGGAAAUUGCCAAUGGGCAUCAUAAUUUUAAUAUGGACUUUGGCGGCGACCUCGGCGACUAUAGAAAUCAGAAGAGCAGAGAUUACACCAAGGAUGAAGAGCGCCUCAAGCGUGCCACAGGCCAACCUUCGCCGGUUUUCAGCAAAGCUCAAGUCGGUCGAGAUGCCUCGAGGGCAGACAGCUGGCGAAGGCGCAAAGAAGCGGAGGCUGAGGUGGACAAUGAUGUGCCUGAGAAUGACGGUAACCUUGGUCCUUCCGGUCCCUCGCCGAAUUUACCGUCUGGUUGGGGUUACCGGGCAGGUCACCGGCAAGAAUGGGAGCGCAAAUUUAGCCCUCCUACUGCGCCCCAACAACAGGAGGAGCAAACAGUAAACGGUCGCUGGUCAGGGCCUACCAUGAGAACGGCGUCCGAUCCACCCUCUAAGCCUACGCGUACCUCUGCUCAUUCACCAGCUCGACACAGUCUUCAAGCACGGAAUGCUCUCGAAGAACGUAUUGCCAAUUUUAGCAAGCAGACAACACAGGAAGGACUGGGAAUCAAGGAAACUCGUCCAGUGAUUGACUCUGUCCCCAAUGGCGGGGAACAAAUCCCAAAUUCUCCAAUUACCAUCUACAAAAACUCGUCGUUCACAAGACCGAGUCCCAGUAAGCGCGACUCACGGGACUUACUACGCAGCCUAUCCAGAGCCGAAACCCAUAAGGCUGAACAAGUCCAAACUCCGGAACCAGCGAAGCUCUUUGAGCGCAAAGUCUACGACAAAACUCCCCGCGUCACAGGUGCCUGGAUCGAUACUCCUGUGACCCAGCGAGUAGCUGAGAAGGUUGAACUCCCUGAAGAUCUGACGAAAGACAUUGUCCUUCCGCGGGCGACUAAAGAGACCAAAGAAACAGCACCUCCUACCCAGCCAAUAGACAAGACAGCAUCGAAGAUGGAAGAACCGAAACCGGUACAAAAUGCUGAGGAAAAGCAUCUGCCCCAUCCUCAAGCCGAUAAGGAGAAAACAUCGAGACCUCCAUUGCCUCGGCCCCAUCUACCAAAGAGUGCUCUUGAAACAGUCAUUGAGGACGCCAGCUCUGGGAAGGACAUUGAUUUUGGAGAUGAUACUAUCGAGUCUCUGCAAGCAAUCAUGGAUGGGCCAAGUGAGGUCAAAGCCGAGGAACAAGAAGAUGAUGAAGCCUACGAACAAGCCGUUCUCGCAAGUCUCGAAAAAGCCGACUCAAAACGAACUGAUGGCGUCAAUUUCAAUUCAUUAAAUGUCAAGCUGAACUCACUGAUGAAGCACAUCAAUGAGGUGAAGCGAGGGCUUGACGGCCUAGAAGACCAUGUUAAGCGGGACGUCGAAAUUUCAUCUCAGCCGAACUUACCAAUCAAAGCAACCUCACCGACGCAUCUGCACACAGGCGAAACUUGCAAAGGGUGUGGCACAAAUUCUGAUGGACGGGUCUACGCUGCCGUUCAGAUUCCUCGCUUGUUAGAACGGAGUCCUCGAUCUCAGCGCCUUCGACCGACUAAACUUUUCUGGUUCAUCGUCAUUCCACUCUGCUGGUGGGUUAUCGAAUGUCUGAUGACAGAUCAAUUCAGCCAUCCCGACAUCUCCGAAACCUGUGAAGGCUACUGCCUACGCCCUGACGCACCUGUUUAUCCGUGGGUCACCGUGACAAUGCUGUGGCGCUGGUCUCGUUUGUCGACGAUCGUCACCCCCAUUUUAGCCAUUUUUGUUGCCUUCUCUAGACUAGUGACACAAUUAUUUGGUUUCUCGGAUGGUUAUGUGGAUGAUCUGCCCGAGCUUAGGGAUAUCGUUGGCGAAAUCCGCAUCAAUGGAACUCCAGUCGCGUUUCCCUGGCUGUCGGCACCGACGGCUGCGAACAUUGAGCCUCAGAUACCACAGCCACAGCUCCAGCAGCCUUCUCAAGUCGAGCAACCUCCUCAGCCCGCCAAGCAUAUGCUGUGGCCACCUCCAAAUGCUUACAUCCCACGGCGGGAUUCUGACAUGGCAUCGAUGGAGGAGGUAAUGGAUGCCGAUGAAUAUCUUUAG